UUCCCCCACGCAGACUCUCUCCCUCCAUACUCUCUCUCUCUCUCUCACUCACACUCAUAAUCAUGCCAUAUUGCCAUCCUUAACACAUUCUGUCCACAGUCUGAGACACAAUAAACCACCACACCGCAGCAGCAACAAAACCCAGUGUGGCGCGGACUAUCUAUGUUUGAGUGAUUGAUUACAGAGAAGGGGCGGGGGGAGAGAGAGAGAGAGAUGACGGCGUGGUGACCAUAAAUGAGAGUUCGUAAUUUGUAUAGUAGAGUCGAUGGGUGCAGUUCCCAUGGCGGCGUAGCAGAGGCUCUAAUUCCGUGCUAUAAUUGCUUCCAACAGCGAACAGAAUUGGGCAGCAUGAAUACCACCUUCCCUUCCCUAUUCUCCGUCCUUUUUAUCCUUAAUUUUCUUUAAUUCUGUCUUUUGAACUGCAGUUUCCCUUCAAAAGCUGCAAAAUCCCAACCACGACCAGAACCAGAAGAUCAUACUUGAGACUUGAGACGCCCCCACCACAACCCCUAAACAGUCAGCAGCGGGAAAAAAAAACAGCAAAAGGAUCCGGGUCAAAUAUUAAACCAAACCAACCACAGAUCAACCCAUUUCCUCCCUCCCGAUCCAAAAUUUACAGCUGUACUCUGAUCUUUGAAAAUUAUUUUUAAGAUUCGGGGAAACUUUCUCUGCUAUGGAUUGUAUGCCUCAAUUAGACACUGUUUCAGCUUGUGGGUGCAACAAAUGGCUGGGUUCUUCUCUCUAGGCCCACAGAACAAACAAGAAGAAGAAAAAGAAGAUAACAACAACAGUAACAGCCUAUUCUUGUUCAGGAACGAGGAGAUCUACAACAAAGGAUUCGAGAUAUGGCCGCAGUCUUAUCAUCAGCCGCAUCACAACUUGAACAACUACUACUCGUUCGGGGCGGGUCCUAGUCGCAGAAACUCCUCAAACGACGACGUCGUCUCUGACGACUCUACGAGGUUCGGAUUCACGGUCAUGAGGUCUGGAGGUCUAGGAGGUGGCAUGAACUGUCAAGAUUGCGGGAACCAGGCUAAGAAGGACUGUGCACAUCUCAGAUGCAGGACUUGCUGUAAGAGCCGAGGGUUUCAGUGCCACACCCACGUCAAGAGCACUUGGGUUCCCGCAGCUAAACGCCGUGAACGACAGCAACAACUCGCUGCGUUGCAGCAGCAGCAGCAGCAAGACCAACAAUUUAGAGGAGAUAAUUCGAAACGACACAGAGAAAAUCAAGCUUCCGGCUCUCUUGCCUGCGCUCCAUUAAUGCCAAUUGCCACAACAGGGUUGGAACUGGGACAAUUCCCACAGGAGGUGAACUCUUCGGCUGUGUUUCGCUGCGUGAGAGUAAGCGCAAUGGACAGUCCAGAGGACCAGUACGCGUAUCAAACGGCUGUGAACAUCGGAGGUCACCUUUUCAAGGGAAUUCUGUAUGACCAAGGCCCUGAAGGUGCUUACACCACCGGUGGCGAGAGCUCCUCCGGUGGAGCUGAAGCUCAACAAUUAAAUCUCAUAACCGCGUCGACCCCCACGAAUGCGGCAACAACCAGCAGCGCUAACCCAUUUGAUCCAUCUUCACUAUACCCGGCUCCGCUCAAUGCCUUCAUGGCUGGUACGCAAUUCUUCCCACCCCCGAGGUCCUAAACACGUGACUCUCCUAUCUCCGGGAACUCACAAUGAAGUGUUGCUUUGUAUUUUUCUUUUUCGGGUUUUUUAUCGAGUAAGCUUUCUGGUUGGUGCUGAACUCGAAGCCGCUUUUCCCGUUUAUCCGUUUGCUUGCCGGAUCGAUAUAGGUUUCGUGUUUGGCUAAGCUAGCAAUAGAAUUUCAAUUGAAACCCUAUAUAUUUAUAAUAUUUUCGUAAGAGAGUUUGUGUGUGUGGAAUGCACACACUCUUUUUGCACGAUUUCUGGGGAGAAAGGUCACGGCACUGCCCAUCUUUUCUUUGUCUCUCAUGCAUCGGUAAAAAUUAAAUGGCAAACUGGGCGUCUCAGUCUAGUACCAAAAGUGAGAUUGCUGGACGCAAAUGCUCAGUUUCCAUACCUUUUUUUCUCCUUCGAAAUCUGUAUAAUUAAUUGUAUUACGUAUAA